UUUAGAGACGUCGGCGCCCAGAAGCCAGCCACCCCACCCGGGUGGCUGACCUGUCGAGUUUCAGGAAGAAAUAGGACCAAUAGAAGGGUGGGAUUCUGAAUUCCGUCGUCGUUCUUCUUCCGUUUCUGUCAGAGGAGAAGUGUUCGUGAUUUAUAACCUUUAAAGCAAACAAGUUCUAAGAGAGGGACGAGAAAAAGGUAGGGAGGAAGAAGAAGAAGAAGCGGAGGAAACUGCAGGAAUGACGAGGGGAGGGUGGUUGGUUCGAUCUCUGGGAGCAAGGGCUUCCUCCCUCUACAGGUCCUCUACAAUCUCCUCCCCAAAUGCUCUGCGGGCGGCGGCAGCUGCCGGUUGCUCACAGCUAACCCAAUCCAGGCAGACGACCACCAGCAGCGUCAGCGAAAAGCAGCAGAAGUUGAAGACGUUCUCCAUCUACCGAUGGAACCCGGACGGCAGCGGUAAGCCGCAGUUGCAGGACUACCAGAUCGACCUGAACGAGUGCGGGCCCAUGGUGCUCGACGCCCUCAUCAAGAUCAAGAACGAGAUCGACCCAACGGUCACGUUUCGCCGGUCGUGCCGUGAGGGCAUCUGUGGUUCCUGCGCGAUGAACAUCGAUGGGUGCAAUGGCCUCGCCUGCCUCACCAAGAUCGACGCGGCGUCCAAGGCCUCCACCAUCACCCCUCUCCCCCACAUGUUCGUCAUCAAGGACCUCGUCGUCGACAUGACCAACUUCUACAAUCAGUACAAGAGCAUCGAGCCGUGGCUGAAACGGAAGUCGCCCCCGCCGGCCGAUCGUAAGGAGAUCCUACAGUCGAAGAAGGACAGGGCAAAGCUCGAUGGCAUGUAUGAGUGCAUCCUCUGUGCCUGCUGCAGCACCUCCUGCCCUAGCUACUGGUGGAACCCCGAGCUCUAUCUCGGCCCCGCUGCCCUCCUUCAGGCCAACAGAUGGAUAAUGGAUAGCCGUGAUGAGUACACUAAGGAGCGACUGGAUGCAGUCUGUGAUGAAUUUAAGUUGUAUCGCUGCCAUACUAUAAUGAACUGUACCCGUGCAUGCCCCAAGGGUUUGAAUCCAGGAAAGGAAAUUGCAAAUAUCAAGAAGCUGGAGGUUACAGUUGGAGGGAUGUGAUACAUAGUGUAGCCAAAUCAGGUGCUUUCAUCUGUUGUGGGAAUUUUCAUCUCCUAGGUCCUUGUUAAUAAGGAUUUGAGUUCCAGUGUUACUGGUCCUCUUCUUCAUUUUAACUGACAGUUCCAAACGUGUAUCUGCUGGAUUUGGAGGAUGUACUGUUUUUAAUAAUUGCUUAGAGUUUGCUUUGUGUAGGUGGCUACUACUUCCACCUCCGUUUUGUGGGGUUCAAUUGUUGAUAAAAACUUGCAUUUUCAUGCGUGGAAGUUAAAAUUUUAUAUUAUUGUUUUAAAAUC